CGAAAACACAAAACACAAGCGAACACUUUCGAUAAACAAAAAGGAAAAACAAAAAAUCCCUUUAGGGCACAAAACAAAGCGAAGAAAAAACACUUCUUCUUCUUCUUCAACAACAACAAAACCCAAUUUCGCGGCUAAAUCAAUCGCUUCUUCUACUGGUCUUGGAAUUGAGAGAAGAGACCAGUUUCGCUGGAUCUUUGAAUGAAGCUGGAUUUGGAUUAAGUUCAGGUGUAAAUUUGUUGGAAGAUGGGGUCAGAUCAAUGUUUUUCGAGAUUGAAUUCACUUGAGAUUAAAGCCCUAAUUUAUCAGAAAAUUGGGCAUCAGAGAGCUGACACUUACUUCGACCAGCUCGGAAAAUUCCUUACCUCGAGGAUAAGCAAGUCCGAGUUCGAUAAGCUAUGUAGCAAGACGGUUGGUAGAGAGAACAUUUCUCUACACAACCGUCUUGUACGUUCGAUUCUGAAGAAUGCAAGUGUUGCUAAGUCUCCACCGCCGAGGUAUCCGAAGAAAUCUCUUUACGGGGAUCCCGUGUUUCCUCCUUCGCCGAGGAAAUGCAGGUCGAGGAAGUUUAGAGACCGGCCUAGUCCUCUUGGUCCACUUGGGAAGCCUCAAAGUCUCACUACUACGAAUGAUGAGUCAAUGUCAAAGGCUCAAAGACUUCCUAUGGAAGUUGUCUCUGUUGAAGAUGGAGAAGAAGUUGAGCAAAUGACGGGUAGUCCGAGUGUGCAAAGCAGAAGCCCCUUAACCGCUCCACUCGGUGUUUCUUUCCAUCUUAAGAGCAAAGCUAGAUUUAGUACGUACAAUGGUAUCAACCGUGAGACGUGUCAAAGCAGCGGGGAGUUACCUGAUAUGAUAACAUUGAGAGCUCGGUUAGAGAAGAAAUUGGAGAUGGAAGGGAUAAAGUUAUCUAUGGACUCUGCUAAUCUUCUUAAUCGUGGGUUGAAUGCAUAUAUGAGAAGGCUGAUCGAGCCUUGUUUGAGUUUAGCAAGUCAACAAAAGCGAGCGGUGUCUAAUGUAUCGAUGUUGGAUUUCCAUGCCGCCAUGGAGGUUAAUCCCCGGGUUCUUGGAGAGGAAUGGCCUAUACAGCUAGAAAAGAUCUGUUGCCGUGCUUCUGAAGAGUAAAGUUGUAGAAAAAACGCCGUAAUUUAGCGAUACACCGAUUAUCAUAUUUGAUUGACAGAUUUGGUUCCUUUGCCUGAGAUUCUUUCCUUUGGAUUUGAGUGGAAUUGCAAUUAGAAAUUUCUUGAGGAAGCUUUGAAUGGGAAACAAAGGUUCUUGGGAUUGUACAAGUUCUGAUAGAUAUAAUAUAGUUUAAAUACCAUUUGUUUAGGUGAUAUCUUUACUUUUUUCUGUAUUUUUUCCUCACGUCUAAUGUAACAAAUUUUCCAUGAAAGCAAAAGAAAGUUUUAGCAGUUGC